AUGAGAUUCUCAAGCAUUCGUCCGUGGCUAGCUGGCGCUUGUCUGAUUUUGGCCUGUUGUAGGGGAAGCCUUAUCCCAGAACUUGGGACCGUUGAAGUGUUUAAAGAUGUUUAUAAAAGUCUCUCGUUGGAAAUUAAUUGGGGGUCUAGAGUCCGGAAGACAUCGAUCGAAGGUCACAUUGUCAAAAUCACGGAAAAGCUGAAUGAAGUCGGUGAUGGCCGACUGAGAUUGAUCAAAAUGCUAGCCUUCGAUGUGGAACUCAUGUUUCGAUACGGAAGGCUUGACUUGGAAGAACCAUGGAAAAAGUAUAUGAGUGACAGGAGUUUUACCGGGAAAGGCUCACUAGAUUCAUCCACCCAUUCCGAAGAAGGAACCUUACGACAAGAUUUGUAUGAUCUGUGCAAGGGAGGGAGGGAUGGGUUCUCGCGGGUUUAUGAGGAUGCGCUUGGUAGAAGGAGGCCAAUUCAUGAUAUCCAGGUCACCUCCGAUAGUGUCGAAGUGGCAGUGGACUUUCAUAACUUGGUAAUGGCUUGGUCUGCUUCUCAUAUGUUUGAUUCAUUUGAACACGCAUCUUCUAUAUGUGACCUAACUUACAUCUCUCAAUUUGGAUCACUUAAUUUGGUCAAGCAUGUGCCUUGGCACUUUCUAGAAGUGGGUUCAAGUGGACUACGCAUGAUGAUGAUCCAUUGAUCAAGAAAAUCAACACAUGGAGUAAAUCAAAGAAUCUCGUCAAGUUUGAUGAUUUCAAGAAGGCUGCAAAAAGGUUGAUAUCAAAGCCGCAUCAGGAAAAGCCAAUCAAAUUCAAAUUCAGAAUAGGGCAAUAUGAUCAAGAGACAAGCCAUAUACGUAUA